GCUGUUGUCUCAACCUGAAGGAGGUCCUCAGUACUGACUAAAUAUGUCUGGUCGUGGGAAGAAAGCUGCACCCAAACCAAAAUCUGCAACAUCCAGGUCGUCCAGAGCGGGGAUCACUUUCCCAGUGGGCCGCGUCCACAGGCUGCUAAGGAGAGGCAACUUUGCAGAGCGAAUUGGCAGUGGUAGUUCUGUGUACCUCGCAGCCGUCCUGGAGUAUCUCUGUGCUGAAAUCCUGGAGCUGGCAGGAAACGCCUGCCGUGACAACAAGAAGCAUCGCAUUGCUCCUCGCCACAUCUUGUUGGCAGUGAAAAAUGAUGAAGAGCUCAACAAACUGCUGGCAGGGGUCACGAUCUCGGAAGGAGGCGUCAUCCCAAAUAUCCAGGCAAGCCUUCUCCCCAAGAAGACCAAGGUGUCCAAGGAUGACAGUUCAGCUAAAGACGUUCAGUCUCAAGAGUUUUAAUCAUGGAUUUACACGUUUUGACUAAUGUUGCAAUAAAUUUAUUUUUAAAGUA